AAAGCGGAGGAAACUGCCGAGGUGGGGGCGAGGAGUGGAGGGGGGAGGAGACGGCGGGAGAGAUGGGGUUCCUGUCAUGUGACCCCUCUCCCCUCGGCUCCCUCACAGUCCCGCCUGGCUUGGCGGGACCCGGUCGAAGGAGGGGGCUCCUCCGGAGAGGUGGUCCCUUGUCCCCAGGGAAACGGAGGCCUCUGGCUGUGUGUCGCUUUGAGAUGUGGAUGGGGACUGAGUCCAGACCUGCUCCGGCUGAGUUCUUUCUCUUCAUCUCUGGCCAUGCCAGGGCCACGACCCUGAAGCCCGCCCGACAGGCAGCCCCCAGCCCUUCUGGGAGGAGGGGCGGGGCGGCCCGGCGCCCCCAACCCCAACCCCACCGCGGAGAUGCUGCGGAGGCCGGCAGCGCGGUCCGGCCAGGACCCCGGGGAGCCAGCGCCUGAGCCAGGGGUGGAGGAGCUGGGGGAGCAAGAGAUCGGGCGGCUGUGGUCCUCCCAGGCACAAGUCCGGGGGCUGCCGUAUGCCAUGGUGGACAAGCGCUUCAUCCGGCAGCUGCGGGAGCCCCGGGGAGUGAAGACCUCUCGCUGGCAGCGAUGGCGGCGCAGGGGGCAGACAGCGGGCCGGCGCCUAGGGGAGGCAGCGCGGAGGCUGGUCCGGGGCUUCGGCCUCUGGGAAGACGCCCUCUACGAGAUCGGGGGCCUCUUUGGCACCGGAAUCCAGUCCUAUUUCACCUUCCUUCGCUUCCUGCUGCUGCUCAACUUGCUGACCGUGCUCCUGACCGCAGGCUUCGUGCUGCUGCCCCUGGUCUGGCUCCGCCCCCCUGACACAGGCCCCUCCCUUAACUUCACCCUCCAGUGCCCUGGUGGCCUCCAGCCCCAGACUGGUGUUCCCAGAUUCCACAAUCAACUUUGGAAUGUUUUAACCGGCAGGGCCUUCAACACCACCUACCUCUUCUAUGGCGCAUACCGGGCAGGCCCGGAGAGCAGCUCGGCCUACAGCAUCCGCCUGGCCUACCUCCUGAGCCCGCUGGCCUGCCUGUUCCUCUGCUUCUGUGGGACUCUGCGGCGGAUGGUAAAGGAGCUGCCACAGAGGCUGUUUCUGGGCCAAGACUACAGGUCACCUGUCAGUGUCAAAGUCUUCUCCUCCUGGGACUUCUGUAUCCGGGGACAGGAAGCAGCCACCAUCAAGAAGCACGAGAUCAGCAACGAGUUCAAGGUGGAGCUGGAGGAAGGGCGUCGAUUCCUACUGAUGCAGCAGCAGACCCGGACCCAGAGGGCCUGCCACCUGCUCACCUACCUGCGGGUCAAUGUCCUCAUCGGGCUCCUGGUGGUCGGGGCCAUCAGCGCCAUCUUCUGGGCCACCAAGUACUCACAGGACAACAAAGAGGAGUCUCUGUUCGUGCUGUUACAGUACCUGCCCCCGGGGGUCAUCGCCCUGGUCAACUUUGUGGGUCCCCUGCUCUUUGUUUUCCUCAUCCAGCUGGAGAACUACCCUCCCAACACUGAGGUCAACCUCACCCUUAUCUGGUGCGUGGUGCUGAAGCUGGCCAGCCUGGGAAUGUUCUCCUUCUCUCUGGGCCAGACUGUGCUGUGCCUUGGCAGAAACAAGACCAGCUGUGAGUCCUUCGGCUACAACGCCUGUGAUUACCAGUGCUGGGAGAACGCGGUCGGGGAAGAGCUGUACAAGCUGAGCAUCUUCAACUUCCUCCUCACGGUGGCCUUUGCCUUCUUUGUCAGCCUGCCUAGGAGGCUGCUGGUGGAGCGGUUCUCAGGCUCUUUCUGGGUCUGGCUGGACCGGGAAGAGUUCCUGGUGCCCAAGAAUGUGCUGGACAUUGUGGCCGGCCAGACGAUCACCUGGAUGGGCCUCUUCUACUGUCCCCUGCUGCCUCUGCUCAACAGUGUCUUCAUCUUCCUCACCUUCUACAUCAAGAAGUACACCCUGAUGAGGAACUCCAAGGCCUCUCCCCGAAGAUUCCGCGCCUCCAGCUCCACCUUCUUCUUCCAGCUGGUGCUCAUCCUGGGCCUGCUCCUGGCCGUCGUGCCUCUGGGCUAUGUGGUCAGCAGCAUCCACUCCUCCUGGGACUGCGGCCUCUUCGCCAACUACGCGGCCCCCUGGCAGGUGGUGCCAGAGCUGAUGGCCCUCCGGCUCCCGCCCUCCGGCCAGCGCACCCUCCGCUACCUGGGCUCCCACGCCUUCAGCUUCCCCGCCCUCAUCCUGCUCAGCCUUGUCCUGACCGUCUGCGUCUCCCAGUCCCAGGCCAAUGCGAGGGCCAUCCAGCGGAUCCGGAAGCAACUGGUGUGGCAAGUCCAGGAAAAGUGGCACCUAGUGGAGGACCUGUCGCGGCUGCUGCCGGAACCGGGCUCCGGCGACUCUGUGGGGCCCGAGGCCCUUCACUCCCGAGCUUCGCGCCCGCGCUCCUUCUGCCCUGGAUUCCCGUGCCCCGGCUCCCCGGGCCCCAGGACCCCCAGGCCCGGACCUGGCCUCGAGGAUCCCGCUGGGCUCUUCGGUGACCCGGGCCCCGCGCGUAGAUUCCGCCUUCCCAGCGGCUCAGAGAUGUAGCAUCGACCCCUGCCUCGGGCCCGGAGCCUCCCCGGGGCUCGACCCACCUCCCCCACCAGAGUCCCCCUGGCCCCAAGCUCCUGCCCCCUCCCCGUGCCGGACAACACUGCCCCUCUCAGUGGGCCCUCCAGCAGGACGCAGGAGAGCCCCCGGGCAGCAGGAAGAAAAUAUGGUGACUUGUAUUUCUAUUUUUAGCCCGGUCCUGUAAAGUUUCUAUUUUUGUUGGAUGGUUUAUAACGUACAUAAUACAUUAGCAUAGUAAACCA